CAAAUCCUGAAUGAAGCAAACUCUCAGCAGUUCAGAUGUGCAAACCUGCAGAAGUCUGAGAAAACUCAAAAUACGAUAUCGCAGAUUCUUCAAAGCCGUGCUGAACUCCAAUUUGACAAGCUUUAUACUUCUGGAAACCCUGCCACCAAAAAGAUGAACAGCUUACCUGUCAGACUGAACACAACAGCCAUACUGCAAGAGGGAGCUUUAUAUAAUCGUCAACUGGAAGAAGAGUUAGGAAGAUUAGAGUGAUUGUCGCAGGGUGCAAGCGAGCCAUCUGCGCCCCUGCAGUGGCAGAAGGAGAUGAAAGAGAAGGAUCUGCAGGAGGAACUAGCUGAGCUGGAGCACCGAAGACUGGAGGGACGGAUCAGCCAUGAGGAGGCAGUUCUUGCACGAGAACGUGUCUUGGAUGGUGAGGAAGACUGCAGAGCUCAUGCGCAAGUAUGCAGAAAAACGUCUGAAGGAGGAGAAGGAAAUGAGAGAGCUGGUGCAACAAGUGGCCGAUGGUCACAAGAACUCCAAAGCUGCCAGAAAUUUAACAACGGAUAGAGCUGUUAAAGAGGUCUCAGAGCAGAGCAGGGAACUCCUCAGCCAGGCUCUGGAGGAAGCCCAGGCCGAGCUAAGCAGGAAGAUGGAGCUUAUCUGUCAGAUUCAUGCUUCCUCGUCAGACAAAAGUUUGUGGAUGACACUCAGGUUGGUUAAUUAUCUUCUUAUAUUAUCAAAAAUCUAAUUAUAUCCACUACAGUCAGUGGUUUUGACGCAAUGGACCCAAUUUACGUUUCAUGAUCUUUAAGAAUUUAGACUGAACUGCAGGAGGCUGUCAGUGGAGAUGAGAGAGUGCUGGCCCUACAGAAGACCCUUGAACAGAAACAACAGGAACGACAGAAAAGAAAGACAGAAAAAAAAAAAACCAGUAUGAAGAAAAAUAAGCAGGUGCUUCCACUCACAGCGAAGACCACCCUUAACAAAAAGGUGAGAAGUUAUUAGAACAUGGUCCAGAUGUCACAAAUUUUGCCACAAUAACACUAACACUACAAAUGUUUAUUAUUGCUAUGUUUCUCUAUUAAAUGGUACAUGCAGCAGGUUCUUGAGGAACAGCACUGGCAGGAGUUGGAGCAUAAUUUCGAACAACAGAUAUACAGGACCUUUCAGCAGUCAUCUAAAAAAAAAUGUGCUGGUCAGAACCACAGGAGAGUUUUCUGAUAGGCACGUCUCUUGUAAAUGC